UUCAAAGACCAGUUUAUAAAAUGCUCAGCUUAUAUGGCGAUUGACUGACACUCAAAACAGAAAUUAUGUUUGAACAUUUCAGCAAACAUGAGUCAAUAUGUGCUAAAAUUGGGUUUGUAUUAUAUAUUUUAAAGCAAUAUAUCAAGGAUCAAUAUUAAGUAACAUUCUGGUUUAAUAAAUGACUGUUUUGUUUGUUUUUUGUUCUCUAGAGAAGUUUGAAUAUACAAAAUUGAAUUUAUAUAUUAAAAUAAAUAAUGUUUGCAUCUAUUUAAAGGACAGCGAUCCAGAAUAUGAUAAACGCAGAGAUAUGAAUGCACUAAAGUCUAAACUUAAACAUUAAAAUUUUUUAACUGUUUUCAGAGAAAAUUACAAUUCUUUCCAUUGAGGAGUUUUUAUUGAAUUGGGGGAUAAAAAAUAUUCACAUAAAAAUACAUAAAAUAAAAGAGUUUUUAACAAUAAUACAAAAAAAGAGGUUUUUAAAAAAAAGUGAUUUAAGCUACAGAAGUUGUUUGUUUUCUUGAGUUUCAUCAAUGAUUUCUUGUCUGGUAAAUUAUUACAUGAGCAGCAUCCGUAUCAAAUAAGGAAAAACUCUAAAAUAUCGGUUAAAAUCCAACAUUUUGUCUGCUUUGACAGGAAUGACCGUAAGAAGAAACGAUUUGAGUUUUUUAAAGACAAAAAACGAAACGAUUAUCAGAAAGAAUUUUAAAACAAAUUUUCUCUUUUUUAUUUAUUUGAUAAUAUACAUCCAAUCCAGUAUAUUAGGCCUGUAAUCUAUUACACAGAAAACCUUUACAUCUGUGACACUACAACCAAAGGUUAUUAUGUUUAAAAUAAAUGUACAUGUAGUUUUCUUCUUUAUGUAAGCCCAUCUCCCCAAUAAAGGAUCUUUGUUUGGCUCUAGUUUUUUAGUCGUCUUCAUCAGCCACAUAAAGAGAGAAACAUAUUUAGAUGUUUUAUAUAUUUUUUCAAAAUUUAACUUUAAAAAACCCUGGAAAAUUGUGUUUUUUAUGACACUAAAAGCUGCUUUGAGCUCACAGAAGCAGAAUAUUUGUGUUAUAAUGUGUGUUUCCGUUGUGUCUUUGCUGAGAUGUCGUAAUAUUUGGACUCUUUAAGACCUGACCUGUAAUAAAAGCACAGGAGUGAGACAGGAAAUGGUCACGUCACCCAUUCUGUAGCUUCUCCUUGAUCACGUCACAUCAACACAUUCUUUUUUUUUUUCCAAAACGCAGAGCCGAAAAAAGCCCCUCUUUUAAUGUCAGGUACUGUCCUUUGUGGUGUGCGGCCGUCAGUAUUUGCAUACUUUACUGAUUUCAGCCUCUCAUUUGUUUAUGUACUGUUUACAUCUCUCCGAUGGAAGCUGACGUUUGAGCUGAAGCGGCUCUGGUGAGUCAGAAGCGAUGGACGUCUUUGGCUCGGUCUGCUGUGAGGAUUUACCAGCAACGUUUUUCAAUGUUUUGUUCUGGAACUCUGGGAUGUGAGCGUUUCCGCGGCACGACUUGAGCUUUUGGGUUUCAGGACCGAGCCGCAGGUUUUUCUGCUCAGGGGUCGGUUUGAAGCCAGAUGGAGAACGCCGAGCCCAACGCGGCGGUCCCCCUGUCCAUCAGGACGUUGGCGUCCACCGUAAAUGUGGAGGAGCAGGCCCAAAAUCAGACCAACCUGAACUCUGUCGUGCAGACGUCAGACUUGCCCCAAAUCGAGUUCAGAAUACAGCAGCUCCAAGGCAGACACCUCCUCCUCCAGAAAACACUAAGCUGCACGAAGAAGGAGGAAGAAAAAAGGGGAGCAAGCGGCGCCGAGCCAACCAGUGAGGAUGGAGAUCAGAUGUGUGAGCUCGAGACCAUUCAGAAGGAGCUGCAGGAGCUGGAGGCCCUCAAAGAAAACAUGGUGGGAAAUGGAGUUCGCUUCAUAGCCACUGGAAGGAGAGGUGCACUUUUCCUCACCUUUUCUUUUGUUUGUGUUUUUCUUAAACCGAAAAGUUUCAUUCAAACUGUGUUGUGUUUAUCACCAGGCCCCCAAGUGAGCAAUCAUGUCUAUAGAGAGUCACCGCGUGGGGGGAUCUACACCCUGCCUCCUCCCGAGCUGCAGCUGGAGGACACGGCGACACAAACCCGAGAGCAUCAGAUCCUUCCAGGUGUCGCUCAACUUUUUCCAAACUCCAUUAUUAUUAUUAUUAUUGCAAUAUUCUGUUUGUUUGGGCUUCUCCAACUGAAACUGCAUGUUGUCUUUCCUCGGGUCAAGUGGAGUCGUUGGGUCACAAACCAGCAACCACAAAGUGUCCUUCCUGCCAAGCUGUCAUCGUCACCCAGACCCGGUUCAAAGUGGGCUUGUCCUCCUGCUUGGUCUGCUUUGUGUGCUCCACGUUGGGCUGUGUUGCAGGUUGUUGUCUCAUCCCUUUCUUCACAAACCGCUUCAAGAACGUCCUCCACUCCUGUCCUCGCUGCCAAACGCACAUCCGCACCUUCACGCCGGUCUGACCCGGGCCCAUCGGCGGUCACGGGGGGGGGGGCGCCGCCGUUUCCGCUGAAGUCCUCGUCCGCUCGUGCAAUAGAAGGAAAUGUUUCUGAACGGCUCCCAGCAUCACUCCUUUAUUCAAAUGAUGGCGAGCGAGGAAACGUGGAGCACAAUAUGGACAUUUUCUAACUCGGCUGAUAUGGAGGGAACUUUCUAUUUAUUUUUUAUAUCAGAAUAGAGAAGCUGGAUUAGAUAAACCUGGUUGGAACACUGGAUUAUUUGUCGGCUCUGCAGUGAACCAGCAGCAGGAAGAGAUAACAGAUUAAACCUGGUUUUUGUUGACGUAUAAAGCUAAUUAUGUUUUAAAUUCACAUACUUUUGUGUCUUUGUAACUUGUACUUGUAUUAAACAACGUAACUUUUUUUAAUAAAGAAUUCUUGCGUUUUUGACAUAUCCGCACAUUUUAAACCUAAAUUUGUUAAAAUAGAGUUUAAAUUAAGAAAAUAAAACCUCACAGUACACCAACCUUUAUUGACACAAAAAGCAGGACUUAUAUACACACACACACACGUCUAUUUUUUUGUAUUUACAAAAUAGAGAGCCCGUGGAUGUUACACAUGUAUAAAAAUAUGCCUUACAUCUAUAGAAAUAUGUACAGAAUGUGCAAAACAUAUGGCAUCAGACACAGGAGGCAUGGCGUGGGAGGAGGACACAAAUGGGUUUAGAUGUUUUUGUUCAAAAACGCCUUCAGAUUAAAAGCUUUGAUUUGAGUGAAAAGAGGGGAAACCUUUCACAGGACAGGCAACAUGUGCAGAUUUUAUUUUAUUUCUACACAAAAGACCAAAAAAAUAAAUAAACUAAAGCAUGAAGCUGAAGGUGUGAGCCCUCUCCAAUGAUAUGAAACGCCCUAAAAGUUCACACACGGAGAAAAAUCAAGGCAGGAUUUGACGUACAGUACAUCAGAAGACAGCAGUUAUUAUUGCUCUUCCAGCUGAACUCGUCCAUCCAGGCAGCAAAACGGCGGAAAAACGAGAGAAAGGUCACUGCCGAUCGGAA